AUGGUUCAACCUGGCAUCAUGAGAAGUAGAGGGAAUUUAAGAAAUAGAGGAAGACUACCAUUUAAACCGAAAACAUUUCUUCCAAGACAUCCUUUUGAUCUUGUUUUGUGUGAAAGUUCUUUCCCAAGAGUCAAACCACUUCCGGAUGAUACUAAUUUUACAAAUGCACUCAUGCAAAGAAAUUCAGAUUUGACACCAAAGCCACAAGAUCAAACUGCUAUUUUAAAUCUUGUUAACAAAAUUCAAGGAGUUUUGGAUAAUUUAGUCGUAGCUCCUGGGUCUUUUGAAUCUUGUCAAGUUGAAGAAGUACGACAAGUAGGGCCUUUUAAAGAGGGAACAAUGCUGACAAAGGAAAAUGUAGCAGAAAUUGUAGUUAUACUCAAAACAUUACCAACUAAAGAAGCUGUAGAAGCACUAAGCCAUAAGUUGAAUGAUGAAUUGAGAAAACAAGAUCCUAAAGAAUUUUUAACAUUUACUCUCAAUGAAGAAGGUUUUGAUGUUAGUAGUAAUGCAGCAGUUGUUAAAAUUUUAAUCGCUACUGUUGUACCUAAUUUAAGAAAAUUAGAACCUGAUUUGCAUUUAGAUGCACAAAUAAUGCAUAAUCAUCAUGCAGCCAUAAGGCAUAGUAGAUGGAUGGAAGAAAAUGCUCAUCAUUCAUCUAUUAAAGUUCUCAUAAGGUUGUUGAGAGAUUUGAGAAAUCGUUUUGAAGGAUUGCAACCACUUACUCAGUGGCAAAUUGAUCUCCUUGCUCACAGUUCGAUUAUGAAUAAUCCAACUCGUCAAACAUUACCCAUUAAUGUAGCUUUUAGGAGAGUUUUACAAUUAUUAUCUGCAGGAUUAUUUCUUCCUGGUUCAGCUGGUAUAACGGAUCCAUGCGAAAGUGGAAGCAUUAGAGUUCAUACUUCACUCUCGCUUGAAAAUCAAGAUUUAAUUUGUUUAACUGCUCAAACUAUACUAAGAAUUUUAGCUCAUGGUGGCUAUAAAAAACUUUUAAGUUUGGAUCAAGGAAGAAUGAAUAUAAAUGACAUGUCAGUGUGGGAUGGAGUUGUGGUUUCACCUUUAGAAAAAGCUUAUGAAAAACCUACAGAUAAAAAAGGAGAUGAAGAUAUGGAAGCAGAGGGUGGAGAAGAAGCAAUGGAAACCACCGAUGGUUAA